AUGGAGAUUUAUAACAAAAAUGAGCAGAAAACCGCAGGACACACUAUGGGGAAUUUUAAUCAUGAAACUGGUGUAUAUCAAGUGGUUAUGCCGUACAAUGACCAUAGAGGUGGAGGGGGAAACCACAGUCAUGAAGUGCCUGUAUUUGCUAGAACAUGUGGUUGUGGAAAGUGGCAAAACUUGAAGAUCCCUUGUUCACAUGGAAUUAAAGUUCUUCAAGGUCGGCAUCUCGAUGCGACCAGCUAUAUUGACCCAUGUUACAAUUUGAACAACGCAAUUCACACAUAUUCACAUCAUUUUGUGGUGCCAAGUUCAGAGUCAUUGUGGAGGGACAUUCGCGGACCACAGUGGGUGCCUGACCCACAGCUGUUGCGGGCCAAAGGUCGUCCUAUGAAGUCAAGAUUAAGGAAUGAAAUGGAUGGGGUACAAUGA